AUGGCGGCGGCGGCGGCAUCAACUAAAGUUCCAUUGUUAAUGCUUGCAGAGAAGGGGGAGAAUGGAGAAAUUCGCGAGUUUUUUGAUUUAUCAAGCGGUAUUACACACUCCAUGAAUUUACCUGAAUUAGCAGGGAAGUGCUGUUUGGGUGUGGGAUUUCCAGGUUGGGUUUUCACGGCUGAUAAACAAGGAGAUAUGAAUUUAUUUCAUAUUUUCACACGGACUUUAAUCAACCUCCCACACAUGUCUAUGUUGGAAGGUUAUGAUUCUGAAGAGGAACUUGGUGAGGUUGAUUGUACUGAUUAUGUUGAAAAAGCAGUAAUUUCUGCUGAUCCUCUAUCGUCACCAACAACAGACUAUGUUUUGGGCCUAAUUCAAGGUUCUCCUGCCACUUUUGCUUUCUGGAGGCCAGGAGACACUUUUUUUACUAGUCUCGGGUCAACAAUACCCGAAUGUGCCUAUUCUGACAUCACUUGGUAUAAUUGUAGCUUUUAUGGACCUAAUUUUAGAGGCGACAUUGUCAUCUUCAAUUUUCAACACGAUGAUUGUGGUGGUGCAAGAGUUGUUAAAGGUAUACCUGUAGACUUAAUUGGCUGUUGUCAGCUCUACAUUGUCUAUUUAAUGGGUGAACUAUUAGUUAUCCAUAGAGACGGACCUAUUAGUGAUGAGGGCCAAGAUACUGAUCAAUAUGGAGCUAAAGCAUUCCAUGUGUACAAGAUUAAUGAUUGUAAUUAUGAAGAGAUUAAAGAUUUGGGUGAUAGGGCAUUAUUCGUUGGCAAAAGUGCUACUUUGGCUAUGGCUAUUGAAGAUGAUCAAGGUUCUGGAUGCAAAAGGAAUCAUAUUUAUUUCACCGAUGAUUGUGUCGAUAGCUAUUUUAAUCUUGAACAAGGUGGUGGCAAGGAUAUGGGGGUUUACAGCAUGGUUGAUGGAACCAUUGUGCCCCAUUACACUGGUCAAUCUUACCACAAAGUCACUCCUCCACUUUGGGUUUAG